CGGCUUAUUGACCGAUCCAACGCCCAAGUACAGCUAGAUAUUUGUUCAGGUAAUCAAGACACACAACAGACAAUGCAAGAUUCAAUCUUAUUGGCUAUUUAAUCCCUCUCUCUUCCUUCGAUUGAAAAGCCGAGACUGUAUGGUAUGGUUGAUAGGGUCUGUAGGAAAAUAAGCAUAAAUUGGGCGUAAAUGCACACACAGCGCGUUUAAUUUCAAUCAAAUGCAUCAGGUCACUGCUCUCUUUCAACAACCUAAGACGUUUCCUUCCCCGCUCUUGUUCCCCCUUUUGCUGAUUGGUUGUUCUAUCUUUGCUUCUUACAAUCAAUAUAAUUUAUUCAAUACUUCUUUCUCUCUUAACCACCAAUACGAAACAGGCAUCCUACACCUCUUUCAUUUUAAACUCCUCUCAUCACCUCUCCCUUUAAACAUUCAAGAUGGCCACACAAAGCACAUCCCAACCUCUCAAAGAGAUCACUCGUGAUGAAGUGGCAAAGCAUAACAAGCAAGGUGAUCUUUGGAUCGUGAUUGACGCAGUCGUUUACAACGUUUCCAAAUUUGCCGAAUUGCACCCAGGUGGUGAAGCUGUUUUCUACGAUGAAGAAGUUGCAGGUCAAGAUAAUACUGAAACAUUCUUUGGAUUACACAGACAUGAAGUCCUUUUGCGUCCAGCUUACCAACGUCUACGUAUCGGUAAAAUCCAAGGAGAAGAACAAAAGAUCAAAGCUCCCAUUCCAGGAGAAGUUUCAAAGGUUCCUUAUGCCGAACCAAUGUGGUUGACACCAAACUACUACUCUCCUUACUACUCUGACUCUCACCGUCGCUUGCGUAAGGAAAUGCGUGCAUACGUUGAUAACCGCGUUGUCGAAGUCGCCCAACGAUGUGAAGAGAACGGUAAACGUCCAGAUGUUGAUUUGGUACAAGAGAUGGGCAAAUUGGGCAUCAAUGCUAUGCGUAUGGGUCCAGGCAAACAUUUGCAUGGACGCAAAUUGUUCGCUGAUAUCAAAGGUGAAGAAUUUGACUAUUUCCAUGAAUUGGUCAUGACACAAGAAUUGGUCCGUAUGGCCGCUCGUGGUUUCGGUGAUGGUUUGCAAGGUGGAAUGGUUAUCGGUUUGCCUCCAAUCAUGAACUUUGGCUCAGAUGACCUAAAGAAGGAAAUCAUUGAGCCCUGCUUGAACGGUGAAAAGUUCAUCUGUUUGGCCAUCACUGAAGCAUUCGCUGGAUCAGAUGUUAUGGGUAUUAGAACAACUGCCACUUUGACCGAAGACGGUGAACACUACAUCGUCAACGGUACCAAGAAAUGGAUCACAAAUGGUAUGUUUGCCGAUUACUUCACCACAGCUGUUAAGACCGAUAUGGGCUUCGCAGUUAUUUGCAUUCCUCGCAAAUGUGGUGGUAUUGAAACCAAGCAAAUCAAGACUUCAUACAGUACCACUGCCGGUACCGCAUUCAUCACAUUUGACAAUGUUAAGGUGCCUAAGAGAUAUUUGGUCGGAGAAGAUGGAUUGGGUAUUCAAAUCAUCUUAUCCAACUUUAACCAUGAACGUUGGGUUAUGUGCUGUUCAACAAUUCGUGCUUCUCGUGCCGUUUGUGAACAAAUGCUUUUGUGGGCCAACCAACGUAAAGCAUUCGGCAAACCUCUAACCAGUCAAGCCGUCGUUCGUCAAAAGAUCGCAAGCUGUAUUGCACAAGCCGAAGCAGCACAAAACUGGUUGGAAAGCUGCACGUACCAAAUGACAAAGAUGACGUACAAGCAACAAUCUCUUUUCUUGGCAGGUCAAAUUGCCUUGCUCAAAUCAUGGUCUACUAGAGUUUCCCACGAUGUUGCCGAUAAUGCCGUUCAAGUCUUUGGUGGAAGAGGUGUUACUAAGGGUGGAAUGGGUAAAUUCAUCGAAGAAUUCCACCGUACAUACAAGUUUGAUGCCGUUUUAGGAGGAACAGAAGAAGUUUUGGCCGAUUUGGGUGUUCGUCAAGCAUUGCGUUUCAUGCCUGAAGAUGCUAAGCUUUAAAAGUGGUCCACAACUUUAUAAUACGUAAAAAAGGGUAAUUUUACCAGAUAUACCUGUAUACUCCUCCUCUAUUGCUCUUUAUCCUCAUCCUUUUUCUUUAUUAUUUCUCAUAUAUGUUCAAUUUAGAUGCUUCUUUUUUAUCUGCUCCUCUUUUUUU